GUCACUUUCGUCCUUAUAUUGUCGUAAAAAAAUAUACAUUUAGGACACAUACACAAAUGUACAAAAGUACAGAAAGUCGUUAGCAAAUAUAUAUAUAUAAGUGUGCAAUAGUGCACUAAUACUUAUCAAAUCGAAAUGAUUUGCAGAGCGACUACGAUGAACACAAGCACUUACAGAUAUGUACAAAUUGCCAAAAUUGCCACUGUAACAUUUCAAGUGAACCGUUUAAGCCAUUAGAAUAUCUGUUAACUCCACUCGAAUCCAAAAAUUAGUCCAAAUAUACCAAUUGUACAUUUUCCCUUGGGUUUCCAUCACACGUACAGUUGACACCUGUGACCAAAAAAAAUGACGAUGAGGAGUGGGAGGAUGUUUGGAGGAGGAGAGUUGAGUAAAACCGGGGGUGGGUCUGUGCGCGCGCCCGUGCUCGCAGUCACAAACAAGUCCGGGUCCAUCCUACGUGCCUCGCUGCGUAUUUCCACCGCUCUCGGAAGCCGACCUGCGUCCCCACUUCAGCGCCAGCAUGGCCCAAAAGAGCCCCGGGGCCACGGUGUCAGCGCAUUCUGUUAUCCGGCGGCACAGGGCCCGCGGGGGACCGCGAGAGAGGGCGUGCUGGAGACGAGAGACGCAAAGUUGAGGGAACAUCACGAUGGUGGCGCAAGGGGAAGCCUCGGAGAGCCGCGGUCCAUCGCACUGAGCACCAUGGAGCAGCUUCUCCGGAGAAACCGUCUGGGUCUGCUGAAGUCCCUGCUGAGCCUCUCCCUGUUCUUCGCCUCCCUUCUCUUGCUCCACAAGCUCAAAGUUCCCGAGAAGGACAACAUGGGCACGUAUAGGAGGCACGCCGGUUGGUGCGGGGAGUGUUUUUCGUCCAAGAAGGAGGACGGCAAGCAGACUUCUACGAGCCAUAACCACCGGAUGGUUCCGGGCGCGCAGCGGCUUUCCAACCGAAGCGCUCCGUUCUGGGACGUGCAGGUGCUGAACUGCAGCGAGGACGCUGCGGUGAAAACAAAGGACUGGUUCCGGAGGCUGGACCCGAGGUUUCACCAGUUCGUCCUGCGCCGCCACUGCAGGUACUUCCCGAUGCUCAUCGAUCACCCGGAGAAGUGCACGGCCACGGACGGAGGGGUGCACCUCCUUAUGGUGGUCAAGUCCGUCAUUGAGCACCACGAUCGGCGCGAGGCGGUGCGUAAAACCUGGGGUCGGGAGCACACAGCGGAAGGGAAGACCGUAAAGACCCUCUUUCUUUUGGGGAGUCCUUCCGUUGGCAAAGAUGCCAAGAACCUGCAGAAGCUGAUCGAAUACGAGGACCAGAUCUACGGGGACAUCCUGCAGUGGGAUUUCAUGGACACCUUCUUCAACUUGACCCUGAAAGAGGUCAACUUUCUCAAAUGGUUCGACAUCUACUGCGCGGGCGUGCAGUUUAUAUUCAAAGGGGACGACGAUGUGUUUGUGAACACCAAGAACCUGCUGGACCUCAUCGCCUUCAAAGUGGAGGUGCAUAGCGAGACCACCCUGUUUGUGGGGGACACCAUUUCCAAGGCCAUUCCCAUCCGGAACAGACAGAGUAAAUACUACAUCCCCAGGGAGCUCUUUGAUAAGCCAUACCCUCCUUAUGUGGGUGGAGGGGGGUUCCUCAUGUCCUCAAUGGUGGCCAGGAGACUCUUCGUGGUCUCCGAGGACAUGGAGCUGUACCCCAUUGACGACGUCUUUUUGGGCAUGUGCCUGCAGAGCCUCCGUCUGAGCCCGGAGAUGCACUCUGGCUUCAGGACCUUCGGCAUCACCAGGCGCCGGGUGAGUCCCAUGAACAGCGAGCCGUGCUUUUACAAGAACCUCAUCGUGGUGCAUAAACUGAGCGCCCAGGAACUCCUCAAGAUGUGGAGCCUGGUGCACCACGACGAACUGGUUUGUGCACGGAGGACCUCUGUAUGACAUUUCAAUGCAAAAAUCCAUGAAGGAAAGUAGAGGACUUGAUUAUGUUGAAAUAUCAGGCCUUUUUUUUUUUUUUAACAGUCAUGUCCACUCCGGAGUCCUUUUCACUUUUGGGAAACCACUAGCAUACAGGUCUACAGUGCAAUUCCAAGUGCCAUUUCAAAUUUAAGCCUCAUGGAUCAAGAGUUGAAUGCGCGAUGGAUGUUCGUGCCUUACAUUACCAACAUAUUGCAAGUUUUAUUGUGCAACAACAUCAACAAAAUCAGGGUAAAAGGAAACCAAAACUGUCUGAAAAUCUGUGGAUUUUAAAAUUGUUUUUUUAUUAUAGUGUAAAUAAAAACUAAAGGUCUUUGUUCAUCUCUGUCAAAAGCGACUUGUUUGAUUCAUGAAUA